AUGAAUGCGGAAGAGGGACCACUGAAGACCGAUGAUUUGCUUCACUUGAAAGAAGGUGAAGUAUUCGUGGAUUCGGAGAGUGGCAAGAAGUACCGCGUGCGAAAAAGCGCCUAUUCACAGCAGUCCAUCAGUGGACCGUAUGGAGUUGGCGAUCCAAAUGAUCGGUCACUGCGAAGGCUGGAAGCCGAUGUGCUAAUCCCAAACCGAAUGGAUGAGCGCGUACGAAAGGUUGAAUGUCGUGAGACGCUUGCAGAGUUGACAAGAUGCUUGAAAAAAGAAGGUGAAGUGGUCGGGUUGAGGAAAUGUCAGCCGGAGUUGGCUCGCUACGAUGAAUGUCGACUUGCUAAUUAUCAAAAAUAUUUGCCAGAGUGUUUUAUGGAAUCUUUAAUCCUUGUUCCACUUUUUAGAUUUAACGAUCCAUGGUUUCGGCAAAAAAUCACGGACGAAUAUGUGAAAGAACGAGCGGAAUUUCGUCGAACAGGUAGGACAGCUGUGGAAAGGAAGUGGGACGAGUACUGCGACUACAAGAGAAAGAAGGGUGAUUGGGCCAGUAUCGGCGAGAAUGCAAAUGCUUGA